AUGGGUCGAAGUCGAGCUCAACAGCAGGCCAAAUUCAAUAAGAGGGUAGAUGAUGCCAAAAAUGAUCUGAAUGCGGGCACAAUCAAGAACAUCCGAGAGGCUGCAGAGGUGCAUGGCAUUGCAUACUCUUCGCUAAGGGAUAGAUUGGCGGGUGCGAAGAAUAGGCAGGAGGCACAUGUGGAACAGCAGAAUCUCACGCCAGUCGAAGAAAAUGCGAUUAAGAAAUGGAUAUUGAAAUUGGAUGAUUGGGGAUUCCCUCCCAAGCAUCAAUACGUCAAGGAUAUAUCUUGUGAUUUCCUGCGCAGUCACGGUAUCCCCAGAAGACGUACCUAUAGCCAACAAACCAUUGCAAGCGCCUUCAAAAGUACGGGCAUCUACCCUCUCAACCCGCGUCAAGUACUGGGUUCUAGCCUCACAAAAGCAAAAACCCAUGCGGCAGAAAAAGCGGAACUCCUUAUACCCCGUACCCCCCACCAUGGAAAGAGAAUAGCUACACAUACAAAGUGGACUCCUGCUCUUAUGGGUGGUGCAGCGGCCACUCCUGAUAGAGUUCUUGCAAAAAUUAUGGUGGAGAAACUUUCCCUCGCAGCUGCUGAAAAUGCCGCUGAAGUGAUUAUCUUAAAGCAAGAACUGGAGUACUUGCGCAAGAAAAACAAGGCUGCAGUGGACUCAUCAAAGGUAAAGAGUAAGGCAGUACUCUCAAAGGUGUUGGUAGUCACAACAGAGGAGGUAGUACGACUCCGGACCCAAUGGGAAGAAAAACAAAGUGCCGCUACCUUAAAGUCUGAACAAAGAACAGCCAGAGCAGCGGCAAAGUUGGAAGCCAAGGGAUCCAAUUCCUCAGAAAGAUUUACGAAACAAAAAGCUCUACCUUCUACACCCGGGCAAAAGCGGAAAGUGUCCUAG